GGGUCCCGCGUACCGCGCACCAAGUCGCCGGUUCCUCCUCAGUCCACGUCCGACCGUCACGCAGGCAGGAGCGACACGCGCGCAACCCGACCCGCACCGAACACGACGACGUCGACGACGCUCAGCCGGCCACCUGUUAGUAGUUGAAUUUUUGUGCCAGUGCCCGAUUUUCGGAGGGGGUGGUUUUGAGUGUUUACCAGCACCGUGUGGUUUAAGUGGAUACGACGCUCCAGCGGGGAUACUGUUUGCACCGUUCCGGGAUGGCGAUUGCGACGGCGGUACUGCUGGCGUGCUUCGUGCAAGGAUAUCUAACGGCCACCGUGGAUGUGCCGAUUAGGGAACAGCUGGUACUGCCCGGCCAGAAUGCCACGUUCAAGUGCAUGGUCACGACACCCCUGCAGUACUGCAGGGCUGAGAUCCCCGGCUUGUCGGUCAUCAAUCUGAGUCCCAAACAACGUGACCCGAGGGUCACGUACGUGGGCAACGGAUUGGGCUCAGGCGAAUGCGGCUUCACCAUCAACAGAGUGGUGGAGGAGAACAACGGGGACGUGAAGUGCACAAUAGGCAUCGAAGAGGAGAGCAUGGAGUCGGUCGGCACCAUGAAGCUGAUCGUGGCGAAACAACCCAGGCAACCGGAACUGGAGCUGAGCCGCGGCGCCGACAACAUUUACCGCAUCAACGACGAGUUGAGAGCCUCCUGCAUCGUCAAGGAUGGCAGACCGGUGGCCAACAUCAGUUGGUACCUGGACGACAACCAGAUACCCGGCAACGAGUUGAGCAUGCCCACCGUCUAUGACAUGGCGAAGGAGAAUUUGCAGACCCAGUUGCAAAAUUUGACGAGGAUUCUGAGGGCUUCUGACAAUGGGAAGAUGCUGAGAUGUGUGGCCCACCAUCCCGCCUAUCCGGAUGGUACCUCCGAGGCUAUGCGACAACUCGACGUCAGGUAUCCACCACAGCCCCAGGACAAUCCUAUCGACUUGUUCGGCUUCAAACUGGGACAAAUGGGCCAGAUCCAGGUGGAAGUCGAGGCUAAUCCCAAACCCCAGGUCGAGUGGACGUUGGACGGCCAGAAAAUCAAGGAAGGCCAGGAGGACAACACCGGAAGAAUCCAAUCCCAAUACGUCCAAUCAGCGGGUCGCGGAAAGUACACCGUGUCGUUGAGCAUCGCCAACAUCAACAAGCAGGACACGGAAAAGGAGUACAUUUUAACCGCCUACAACGACAUGGGCAGCCAGGAGUACAGAGUGAAAAUAUCCACCAGCCCGGAGCCGGAAGGUCUCGAAUUAGGAUUAGGUUCGAUCAUCGGUAUAGUAGUGGCCGUUUGCGUUGUCGUCCUGCUCGUCGUCAUCUUGAUCUUCGCCCGGAUGACCGGUAGAUGGUGCUUCAGCGGCGGCGCCACAGUAAUUGACUACACGACGGGCGAGGGCGCGAACCAUCACUCGGACGCGAACGCCGGCGUAGACAAUCCCCAUCACCAAGUCUCGCAAGAGUACAUCAACGGCAACGAUCUGCCGAUCAAAAAAGACGAAAAGAUCGACACCGCCGUGUAAAAAGACACCUCGUUCCUCACCUCCCCUUAAUCCGAUUCGGUGUUCUGGAUCUACGGUCGAGUUCUUUUCAUCCAUUUUUUUGUUUGUGUCUCACUCACCCACCCCGCGGCUUGUGCUUUAAUUUGUUGCCUCGUCUUGUUUUUUCGAUGUGCCCCAGUAAAGAAUCUCAACAAUUAUUGCAGCAAAGCAAAAGCACCCUUAACGCCCGACAAUCAAGGAUGCCGAUUUAAAUUUUUAAAAAAUGGAUUAGAAUAAUUCAGCCGGCCAGUUUGUGUGACAUGACUAGCAUAAGUGAUAUUAUUACUAAACAUUUAAAUAUUAAUGUGUGUUUUAUAAAACAAAAAUUAUUUAUUGUUACUGCGUCGAAAAAGGCACGAGUUUGUCAAUAAUAAAAGUUGUGCCUUUUUUCCCCAAAUAACUGCAUAUUUUACGUGAAGUAUUAUGAACAACAAAUCAACAAAAUCACAAUAAACAAUUUGUUAAUUUAAACUGCCGACAUCAAUUUAAUCUAUAUUCGACUAUAAAUUUCAUAACCGCAAUUUGAGCAUAAAUCAAACCGACUAAUUCGUUCAUUUUUCGUAUUUCACUUAAAAUUGCCGCAUUAUUAAACAAUGCGUUUUUGUUUUGGCCCCCCCAAAACGUGGGGUCAAAGCUGAAACCACCCUUUAAAUUAAUAACUAGUGUUUAGUACGCUCAGUUACUUAACACCAGAAAUUAAUAAAACACAGACUGGAUUUAGAUUUUAGAAUUGUCUACGAUAUGUUGUCUAGGUACUAAGUGUAUAUAACUAUAUAACUUAAAUGUUAAGUUGUGAAAUUCUCUAAAUGUCCUUCCAAACAAAUAGGAUCAAUUUGUGCACGUUUUGAUUUUAAAAUCACACAAAACUAUACCACACUCAUUUUAUUGUAUAGUUGUAAGUCAUUGUACUUUUGUUGGCUUAAGAUUUUUACGUUCUGUUUUGUACAUGCAGUCGUCAGGAGACAAAAGUAAAAUGAUUUUUAGUUUUAAACAAGGUCCAAAACUAACUGCCAUAAAUUUUUAUCACCCCGCCCAGACCCCUCUCGGUUAUGUAACAUUCCGUGUGUUUUGCGACUCAUUAAUUUUUAUGUAUAAAUGACAAUAAUAUUUUAUUUUUUUAUUAAUGUAAUUUUAGUUUUUAAGUAUUUAUUUGCCCCGGUACUUUGCGAAUGUUGUUUAGGAAUUAUUUCGGGGAAGUACCGAGUCAAUUCCAUUUGUCAAUCCCCAGGAAAACAAUUUAACUAAGUAGCCUAAUUUGUAUCUGGCUGUAAUAUUUCAAAGUUCUAUGAUAUAUAUGAUUGUAAAAAAUUUUAUAUGUUACAUAUAUGUACUUACAGUUUUAGAAUAAGUUGAAGAUAAUUAUCAAUUGUUUUUUAAAUAAAUUAAAUAAAUUA